AUGACAGACACUAAUCGCAGCAAACAGAGCUAUCUGCACAAACACAACGGACAACGGAAGAUCGAUCCGCAAUCAGUGCAAUCCCCGCCGGGACAGCUCUCGACAGGCUCGAACACUACCGAACAUGGCCGUGCAGCCAGCCAUACCGGGGGUUCGCUGAAACGUAACAAUAGUCAUCAUCAGCGGUUGAAAAAAUCAAACACAAGCACCCUCGAACGAACCUCUAAUGGUGGCCCCGUGGAGUACGGAGCGGAUCGAACUGGUGGCAGCUUCAGUCAUCAUCAUCAGCAACAACAGACCGGAACGACCGCUACGAGAUCCGGCGCCGGUUCCAGUCUAGCCAAGAGCUGGUCGAAAACAUCCAGCAGCAGCACCUCGCAGUCCACAUCGCAUGGUCCGGCGGAGCAAACAUCACACCCACUGGACACAGCGGCCAGCAGUGGUCGACCUCCGGGGACAAAUUUAACACCCACCGUCAAAACGGAAGCAUCGCUCAGUGACGAUUUUAAACGCUUCCACACACUACGCAACAGCUACGGCGGCAAAUCCAAUUUAAAUGUAAAUAACACCGACCAAACGAUAAAAUCGCAGGUCCUGCUUCACCAGCAAAAGCUGCGAGAGUACUCGCGACAACUUCCAGCACAGCAACAACAGCCGCACCAUGACAACGAUAGCUACUCAACCUGCUCCUCGUCUCAGUCGGACUACCAGCAUCCCCAGCAACCGCAGCAUCAUCAGCAGCAGCAGCAGCAGCACCAUCGCCACAAGCAUCACACACACUAUCGUGUGCAUCACCAUCAACACCAUCAGCAGCAGCAACAGCAGCAGCAUCCCAAUGUCCAGCUGGCUCAGACCAUCUACCCCAUCUCUGCCACGGUCGCCGCAACUGCCACAUUGACACGCGCUGGCGGUGGAGGUUCGAUAUUGAAAAAUGCCAACAGCAGCACCAACCAUCAGGACCCGGUCGGCAGCCGGAACAGCCUCAAACGAGGUCCGGGUGGAUUAAGCACGCUGUCACUCUGUAGCUGCGACGCGGAAACGGAGAUAAUACCGAAUCCAUUAAGGCCAUUAUAUCAGUACAGCCUGGACAGGAGAAAUCCUCGCCAACACACCUACACGUGCGAGCAGAACGCACAGAUUCUGCUGCGACUGGAAAAGGACCGUCAGAAGAAGUUCGGCUCCAUGGGAAAGUUGCAUCUCACCACAUCAACCGGCGACUUGAGUGUAGCACCCGCAGCGAUGCAACGACACUCGAGCAUUACGGGUGCAUCCGUACCGACCUCUUCCGUUUCGACUCCCACUCCAACGCCUCCUCCACCGGCUGCUCCCACUGGGCCGGCCGGAAAAGUCAGCGGAAAUGCGUGUAAGGUGGCCGCCAACGUGCUCACAUUUGACUGCCAGCAUGGAUCGUACUCUCGGGGUGAUAAUUAUACGGAGGACGACUCGUACAGUGAAGACAUGAUACCACCUCCACCUCCGCCACUACUCAACCGACGCCCUUCCUACGGAUACGGCUGUGUGGUGCAGCAACCUGUUGCAUCCGGACCGGAACCGACACACGCAGACCAGCAGCCAAUGUAUGACCCGACCGCCCAGCCCGCCAUACCACCCGCCAACGCCGACGUGUACGGCCGUGAAGUGGACGGACUGAUUGGAACUAUGAAUCAGCCGGAUCUCUUCAACUUUGCCUCCAACACAAACGGCUCGUUGAGUGGGACACUAAAGUCAACAUUGAAAUCCGCCAAAUCGUCGACAAACGGUAAAACAACUUCCGGCUCAUUGCCCAUGCCCGCCGAUGGCAAGUCGAAGCUGAACGACCCACUUCCCGUUAUGAUGGUGGACCUGAUGAACGGUAACGGAACGGUCGCACCACCGCUUCCGAAUGGAACUGACCCGACCGGCACGAAGCCAUAUCCGCCUUACUAUUUCGAUGAUAAUUAUCUGCAUCACCACUACUACUACCGGAACGGGGAGACCGGUGCGGAUGUGCCACUGAAGGACGCUGGGCUGGAUGCAGCGGGGCAGAUGUAUCUCUACCAUCAUCACCAUCACCAUCCGGACGCGAUCCCCGCUGGCUACAUUACCAACUACGAUGCGCUGAAUCUUCCCGCGAAGUACAACACAAUCGGAGCGAAUGGAGAUUUACCACUGGCGGGACACUUUUCCGGGCUGGCGGGAGGCGGUGUCGGUCACCAUGCAAGUUCCUGCAACAUCAAUCAGUACUCGGGCUCGACCAAAAGCAACCUCAUCGCAUCGCACAACCAUCACUUCUCCAACUCGAUCAGCAACUUCAACUUUAAUCCCUCGCAGUACUUUGGGUCGGCGCUGGACCCUCCGCCCGGGACGACCAUCAUUCCUGGCGGCGUGAUGGGAGGGGUGAUGGGUGGUGGUGAUGGCUUUCCUUCGUCCUGCAGCCUUAACGGAACGCCCAACAAACAGCAGCCGCAUCCGUGGAAACAUCGUCAGUGUCCGAGUCGAGGUUCGAGCAGUACCGGUUCCGGAUCAUCAAAGUGGGAUCUUCCUUCGAGACAGUGGCUUGCGGUGACCUCCAUACUUCUGAUUGCCGGAGCAGCCGGAGUGGCCGUCCCACUCGCGCUCAAGGUUUCGUCCGGUGCGCCCCUCGAGGAGCGGAUGCAGGUCGCUACCCAGCUGCUCGACACAGUGCCUUUAAUCGAUGGUCACAACGAUCUACCGUGGAACAUACGGAAAUUCCUUCACAAUCAGCUAAACGAUUUUCGAUUCGACGAUGAUCUCAAGACGAUACUGCCCUGGUCGAAGAGUGCCUGGAGUCAUACGGAUUUGCAACGGCUUAAGCGUGGUCGAAUUUCUUCUCAGUUUUGGGCAGCGUACGUGCCCUGCGAAGCACAACACAAGGAUGCAGUUCAAAUCACGCUAGAACAGAUUGAUGUAAUUAAAAGACUGACAGAACGCUACUCUCCUCAUCUCACAUCCUGUGCAUCCACGUUCGAUAUCAUACAGGCGCACAAAAACCGUCAAAUGUGUUCAUUAAUCGGUGUGGAGGGUGGCCACUCGCUCGGCGGUUCGCUCGGUGUGCUGCGCAUCUACUACGCCCUCGGCGUACGGUACAUGACGCUCACCUCCACCUGCCACACCCCGUGGGCCGACUCGAGCAAUGCGGAUGCACCGAAGUAUGACAUCCGACACGGUGGACUAACGGCUUACGGCAAGACGAUCGUUCGCGAAAUGAACCGCCUCGGCAUGAUAGUGGACCUAUCGAAGUCGUCCGUCGGUACGAUGAAGGAUGUACUGGCGACCUCGCAGGCACCGGUCAUCUUUUCCCACUCGUCCGCUCACGCACUGUGCAACUCGAGCCGGAACGUGCAGGACGAGGUGCUCGAGCUGGUGACGAAAAAUCGCGGCCUGGUGAUGGUAAACUUUUACAACAAGUUCCUGCGGUGCAGCGAUAACGCCUCGGUGCAGGAUGCAGUGGCACACAUAAAUCACAUCAGACGAAUCGCUGGCGUAGACCACGUUGGAUUAGGUGCCGGCUAUGAUGGAAUUAAUUUCACACCCCACGAUCUGGAGGACGUUUCGAGCUAUCCGCGCCUGUUUGCCGAGCUGCUGGGCGAUGGCUGGACGCUGGAGGAGCUGGAAAAGCUGGCCGGCCGGAACUUGCUGCGGGUGUUCGAGGAGGUGGAAAAGGUGCGCGAGAAUCAGCGCCUGUCCGGCGUGCGGCCGUACGAGGAAAUUCCCCCAGUGGUGCGACCGGAGGAGCACGCGAACUGCUCCACCAACAGUUAAUGGGAUGUCAGACCCACGGCGACCCACGGAACUUCCGGUGAAUGAACGCGUCACGGGUGAUAUUUGAGCAGUUGCUCGUUUUUUUUAUUGCAGUGGUGCCAAUACUGGUGGACUGGUUAGGAAAAUUGCGAGCAAAAUCUUAUUGAAAUGCCUUUUUGCAAGGAGAAACGUGUAGAAAACAGGUUCCCAAAGGUAAGCUGCUCCUUCAAGCCAUCGCAGGUAGAUGGAGGUUAAAAUGGUAGGAACUGGUUAAAACGAGUAGCGAGAAAGAAUGCACCUUCAAGGUGUGGUGGGAGUGAAAAAAUGGAACAUUUAAUAAGCGUCUUCGUUCAAGGAAGACUGGAAUGGAAAAUCGGGGCAUGCUUUUGUUUUUGAGGUGGAAAAAUUAUGUAUACAUUAUUAUUCAUUCUGCUGCAUAUUAGAGCUAAGAUAACGUGUAGGAGAUUCCCUCUAGAGCACAGUUGCAUUCCGGUAGAGCACGGAAAGCAAAAGGAGAGAGAAAAAGGAAGAGAAACACGCUAUAGACCAUUUAUUAGACCGUCGCCAUCUCUUCCCUCGACUCCCUCGGCAUGUGUACUGCUACUACUACCGUAGAUUAGUGUGUACUGGAUUUCCCACACGCCUUCCCUCUCACUCCUUCCCCCUUACUCCCCUCUCCUUCCCACCGGUAGCGAUUAAUAAGUAGCGGUGCAAAUGAGAAAUGGCUUAAAAUUGUGCAAAAGCGUGCAGGAAUUAUUAUGCACCGCGAAUGACAGCCCUCCUCCGGCAGGCACCGGCAGUAAUGAAGCGACCGAACGGCAUACACACACACUGAAAAAAAAAAUCCCUUCCCAGAAGACUCAUUGCAUUUUCCCUGCGGUGUCCGCGGUGUGGGAAGGCGUGCAUCGUGCGGUGUCCGGUGGAAUUUCGGUGGAAAAGCUAAUUAAAACACCAACCCAAGGUGAUUAAGCAUGGCAUGGAUAUACAUAAAUGCAUCGCGCGCAGUUUUAACAGGGGGUAAGAGGGUCAAAAGAGGGGGGCAGUUUUUCGAUCUAUGGUUGUGGUGUCAUGGUUUGUGAAUAUGUAAUCAUCGAGGGCACUGCAAUUCAAUGGAUACGGUGUUUAAAGCCUCCCAAAGGGUGGGCAUAAUAAUAACGGGCGAGUUUGAAUGUGAUUGCGAUGCACAAUUGCGCCAUGUUCAAUAAUUUCCGGCAGUUUGGGCAUUUGCAGCUUUAAUGAGCUUUAAGCUUGCAACUGAAAGAGAUUAUUAUUAAAUAAACCCAUCGCAACAAUAGAAAAAAGAGGAAACCAUGGAAUGGAAUGUCGGCUUGCUUCACCAAAGUAGGUAAUAAAACAACCAACCAACACGUGUUCCUAUCCCAUUGGAUGCACCUGCUGCUACUGCAAGUGGUUGGCAUUAGUGACCCAUCUUUCCUCUAAAAAAUGCACUAAAACACACACACACACACACACACACACACACACACACCCGUAUACACUUCUCUCCAUCAACUGCUUUAUGAGCGGGUUGCUGUGUUGCUACGCUCAGGAUAAAAGUCUCCUGCCACCGGAUGAAAGCUCCGAAGGAUGGUGAACGCCUUUUUGUGUGAGCUUCCCGUUUUGAUCCGAUGCUACGACGCACACACACAAAAAAAAAAAUAGGAAACAGCAGAACAGAACAGACACAGCCACUUGAGCUACAACAUGUAAAAACACACACCCACCGACGGGCAACUAACGAAGACGGAAAAUGGGUUUAAUUAAAAUACAAACGACUUGGUACGGCUGCAGGGUGUGUUGUACGGCACUUGGUCCGCUGCGUGUACACACGCUUGUCCCCUUGGCUUGGGCAUUGCGCUGGACAGUGGCCACAAGUGGGGCUUCAAAGCGACGGGGAUUAUACUAGCACGGGUGUAACAAAUUUCUACUCCUGCACGGCAGGACAAACGUUGAUUUCCCAGGGCUCCUGGACGCUUAAAAUCCCCGUCUCGUCACACGAGAGAGGGAGAGUGUCCAAGAGAAGAUGAAAGGACAAUCAUUUCCUUGGGGCCAAAUAAAGGGACACCGGUGGCGUGAGUGGAGUGAUAAAAAUAUCGCCCGUAAGACAGUGCGCCAGCGGCCCGAGCGCAUCAUUUGCCAGCAGACGUUCAACGUUGGGGUUUGUGUGUGUAGUUUGCCCUUUCGAUCAACGAUGAGUGCGUCCCAACAUGAGGACCGGAUGAGAAUUACAUUAUGCUUCACUUUGCAUACACUUACAUCCUAUCCUCACCCCUUUCUUUUUUUGUUACUCAAAAAUGUGAACAGAACCCGGCCAAUCCCGUUCAUCCUUUGCUGCGUACCCGUACGUCAGGAUGAUCUCUUGUCCAGCUUGGUCAGAAAAAGAAACACUGGGAAGCACAAAAGCAACAUUGGAUUAAGUUAUGAUUAGUAAUUGCAUAAUUAAUGAGAUUAAUUUGAAUUAAAAGUGUUCUAAGAGCGGACCUUGGACAUAGCUCUGGAAGCGGACAGAAUACAUUUCAGCCAAAAAAAAGAUGGGGGAAGAGCAACGAAAUCCUCCCGGAUGAUUCUUUCUUUGACAUUUUUGGUCCGAUCAAAAGUUUCAUCCGAGAGUGUUGCGGCUUUUUCUUUUUUUUUGUGUCAGUUGUUUUAGCCCGUAAUUUAAACUUUGAAGAAUUAUCAGCUCACGGGUGGGGCGGGGGGUUUUUGAUGAGCCAAAAGGGGUCGUCAAACUUUGGAACAUUUUUUUGUGUGUGUGUCCGUUUGCCACUCGUGACCUAAUCAUCGGGGCUGACGAUUGGUUUAGAAUCAUUAAUUAAAUAGUAGCUUUUUCUUUUGUUUAUAAUCUUUCCCUCAAUUCCACACUGAAAUGCUAGCACCAAAUUGAGUCAAUUUUUCAUCAUUACCAAUUAUCGAUUCUAAGCGCCACUGCCCAAAAGGAAAAGGAAAAACCAAUCAAGCUCACGAUUCACGGUCGCAACGCUUCAAUUACUUACAAAAUUUCAUUACACUCCAAUUUAAUUGACCUCACGUUUGUCUUCCGCCUUUGCUGGCAGCACAUUUGCCCAACACCACACCACACCAUUUACUCAGCGCUCAGGAGUGCUUUCUUUUUCCCAUUCUGCCUCUUCGUCGGGUGGGAAUUAAUCCACGAUACGUGCGCCAUGUCGCUCUGCAGAGGACACUCGGCUUCAAUCGUUUCCAGAGUCGGUCCUCCCUUUUGUCCAACAUUGCAGGGGCCAAACACACCGAAACACGAACCAAUAAAUUAGCUUAAUUGAAAGUAAUCGUCCAAAGCUUUCGUCCGUAUACAAUGAAAACUUGUCGAAUAUUGUGUGUGUGUGUCUGUUGUUGUGCUCGAGUAGAUUUUACAGCUACAGCAGACAUCGCCCGAAAGCACAUUGCUGUGUACUGUGUGGCCUGGGAAAGUGUAACGCUUUGCUGAUUAUUGUAAACUCUACUGGCCAGGAUCAAACCCGUUCUGUGCUCCUUUAGUGACCCCGUUCCUUAUGCUGUGGUAGUUUACGGUAUGCAUUUUCCCCCCUCCCAAGCGCACGCAACAACAUUGUGCCCGAUGCUCUUCGACGGUUAUGACACGAAAUAGUUUGUCUGCAGCUGCAUACCGCACCUUUUGUGCUGUUUCGUGCGAAACGGUUCAUCAUUAUUAUGGAAGGGUGGUGGUUGAUGGAAAACUAUUCCGGGCAAACAGGCACCACACGCCCAACAACCGGAAGCUUGGCCAUGUGGCUGUCUAUUUUCUAACAAUAUAUAAAGAGGAUGCACAAGUUUCCACCGAUGCUGUAGUGUAGCGUGUGUGGCGUGUGUUUUUUAUGGCUUUAUUUUGGCUGCCAGUAGUUUGGUCGCCUGUAUUGUGUCUCGAAAAUGGAUUAAACUCGUUCAUUCGUGCGACUGGGAUGGAGAGGGAACGGAUGCACCGACAACGGGUGAAUAAUUAAAAAAGUUUUCACCUUGUCACACGUGUGCUGCGUGGAGCUUUUUGUGUGCCGGGGGGGGGGGGGGAGGAGGGGGAGGAGGCAUCAUAGCGUUAAACACAGGUACGAUUUUCUCCGCUAGAAACAACUAUUUGAGUGCAGCAACUCCCAUGAACACACCGCACUUGAAUACAAAUCGGGCCAACCUUUUUGGGAGCCUUUUUUUUGCGAAAUUUGUGAAUUUGUACAGCUGUUUAAAAAAGGGGUGCAAAUUUCAUUGUGCUAUUCUCUCCCCCUAUCAAACACUAUCGAUCGUGUUUGGCCUGUUGAGAUAAUGCCUGCAACUCUAUGCCGCAAAUGAAGUACAAACCGCACCCGUGUCGAGUGCUUUUUGGCUGAGUCAAACCUCUCGCUUGAAUUGCAUGCGGGCUUUUUCGUCGGGGGUUGGCAGUCAAAUAAUAAACCCAUCGAGUUAAAAAGCCGUUCCGUACGCACACACAGACACACACACAUCACUCAUCCUUCGCAGGAUGAUUUCGCAUUAAAACAAUUGACCUACUUAAACAAACAAAUCCGCCGAUGAUGGCUACACGUGGAUAAAUAAAAUCCCGGCCAAAGCCAAACCGAAGCCGAAACCUCUCCACAAUAAAAAGGCUCCUCCUUCACACGUGUUUGCUCCCAUCCAUCCACCAUCAACAUGGGCACAGAGUGUGUGUGUGUGUGUAUGUGUGUGUGUGCAUCAACAUAGCUUGAAGCUAACAAAAGAAGUUCCCCAAAUGAAGCACAUCGAAUCCAUCGCCAACCCACCAACUUGAACCCCCAUUAUCAAUCGUGCCUUUCGGUGCGAUAUAAAUGGCCACCAGUGUGGGGAGGGGGGAAAGACUGGCACGAAAUAUCCACUUCACUUCGCGUGUGCAUUGUCGCGCGAAAAAGCGAAACAGAGAAUGGCACAACAUAAUCGUAACAAUUGAGUUAAUAUUUAUGAUUUUCACGGUUAGUUUAACCAGUCGAAUGGAAUUCUCGGUAAAAAAAACCCAAUGGUGGUGUGUUCCGUGGGACAGUGCAAAGACACCUGAAGCACGUGCGCCCCGGGGUCUAGUGGUUGACCUGUCCCAUAAGGACGGCGGGGACAUUCAUUGAAGCACACUCUGGUAUAAAAAUAAACCGAUGGAAAGCUUAAAAGACACGCUUUUCCUCGCAGCUUCAGAAACGAGUUGUCGUCACCGCUUUGGCCAUCGCCCUUGGGAAGCAACAGGUGGUGGUGGUGGUGGUGUGCCGCAUGGGAGGAAUCUGCUCCAAAAUCUGAACAGUCGUUCGGAUCGUAUUCCAUGGCCCUUUCCCUCCCCUUCCCGUUCUGUUCUGUUUUCUACGACUGGCAUUCUUGACCGUUUGCCAUUCCACGGUGGCUAAACUGUGUGGCGCACAGGCAAGGGUGCUUUUAUUUGCUCUCGCUAUUUGAUGGCGCCGCAUCCACCACUCCAUGUAAGCUGCUAUCCGAUUACACGAGACGAAACGCGGGUGAAAAUGAGCAUCAUAAACGGAUUGAACCCGGUGCUGCUAGGCGAAAGCGCACCACGAUCCGGGCAGGUGUAGAAGCUUCUUUUCGAAAAAAAAACUCUCCAAUGAAUGUCUCGUGUCUUACGUUCGAUUGAAAAUUCCAGUCGCAAUCGAUUUCGCCCUUUACAUUGAGAUGGAAAAAAGCGACAGCAUAGAAAAAUGUCGCUUUUAUAGUCCUUUAUUCAAUAGAGCCCCACAAAAAGACUAUAUUGUUUGCUUGUGGGUUAGUGAAAGGCGCUGCUAAUAGAAGGAGAAGCAAUUUUCCACAGCCCAGUGUCACUUAAAACUGCGAUAUGGUGGUUCAUAAUUCAAUCAGAAGAGGACACAUUCGCAAGCUCGGUUAGUCAGACUGGCUGGCUGGGCGUCUCCACCGGGAAGCUCGUACGGGUGUAAUGAGUCUAAUUGAACGGAAGUGUACAUUACACGGGCGAUCGUUUCGACCUACACACUUGAAAGCUUUAAUUAUAGUUGUUAAUGUGAAAAAUGGAGAUUUAAUUGAAAGAAAAAACCCUACAAUGGGAAAUUGAAAUCUCCCUUUUACAUUUUACAUUAAUAAAAAAAAACUCUCGUUACAAGCAAUUUGAUAGAGCGGGUUCCCGGAUUGGUUCCGGACUCCUAUUAAUGGCUCAUUUGGCGCACCAAAAUUGGCCCAUAAUUUAUUGGAUGUAAUUCCAAAUUGACAUUGCGUGGUGGAGGCGCCUUGGUGGUUGACCGCAUGGAAUCACACGACAUGGAAGGUUAAAGUUGAGAAGGGACAAAAUAAAAUAAAAACCCAUUAAUACCACACCCCAGCACCAGGCAGAUACAUAACACAACAUCAGAAAAGCAUUGUAGCGCGGGCAAAUGGCUCCAACGAUGGUUGGCUGAUGGUUGGCGGUUGGCGCUACAACAACCAGUCCCGAUGUUGCCCGACGGGACCCCGUUGGCGAUUCGUACGUCAUAAAAAGCAAUCGUCAUCGUUCCAGUUCGAUUAUUCGCCGAUUUCGAUGGAUGUGUGUGUGUAUGUGGAAAACGAAUUGAAAGAAAAGCUGCAAAGGGUCGUUCUCCGGAGUCUUUCUCUCCCUUUUUUCUGUGCCCAGAGCGACACGAAGGACGAAAUAAUGAAAUCACACAUUCAAUUAUAACCUUCUACGGUUAUUGAACCGCGUUAAUUCGCGAUCCCUUCUCACUCCCCCCCCCCCCCGCCGGAUGUUUGUUAUCCGGUGAACACACACACACACACGCAGAGUACGGUUGUGUGAACUUUCGAACGGAGUUUAAUUUCAUUGUUGCGCCCGGAAGCCGUGACGCGGGAAAUAAAACUGCACAUUGCACACAUCGACGCUGUUCGUUCGUCUGGUUUUGCGUCCGUGUGGCUUUUCCAAGCCGGUAGGGCAGUACCGAAACCAUAUGCAAACACCGGAACAUCGCGAACGGCGCCCCCCCGGGGGGGGAAUUUAUUAUCAAUUUGUUUGCCCAAUAUUCUUGCCCGGGAGAAACCCCAGUUGUUGAAGCGUUCCUGGGGUGGAAAUUCGUAGUGGAGGUUCACCAAAAUAAUGGCCAAAACAGAGGUGUGCACCAGAUGGUGUGUGUGUGGUGAAACUGGCUUCCAUUCUCGUAUGAAACCGUGGAACUGCUUCACGAGCGCUCAUUACCAUUCAACACGAUGCAUUUGCUUUCUGGGAAGGCGAACAAAGCUGUGGGGCCGUAGGGCAGGGCAACACCACACGCAAUAAAACUCUCCAAUCAUCACUCAGUGUGUGCAGGGAAUUGCAAUUUUCACACAAAGUGAAGUACGGGGAAGGGCUGUUGGAUGAGUUUUACGCGCUGCAAUGGGCUUUGCUGGAGAGCUUUUGCAGGAAAACGCGGUACGGUAGCUGAAAUGCACUUCAUUAAUGCAUGGAAAUACAAAAAAAAGUGUGUGUGUGUUUGUUGUAAUAUUUUCCACUAUCAAAGCAGAAAAUUGUUGAGUUUGUUUGGAAAAGCAUUAUUCUACGCAUCUCGUUAUUUGUGUUGAGGUUUUUUAUUUUUGAUACGUUUUUAUAGUGCAACAGUAUUGCCAUUUUGCAGCACUUAUAUAUCUGAACAGCGAUUAUAUAUCUCAUUAUCGUUGACUCGCUAGCUGAUUGCCGGGGGGGGGGGGGGGAACCCAACCACAACCGUUUGAAAUGAAUAUUUCCACACCAAUACAACACAUCAAACCUAAUCUGUACUGCCAAUAAGCACAUUAGUUGCAAUUACUGUCCUUAAUUAACUAUUUCCCAAGCCACAAACACUGAUUGAGCCAGGGUUGCACCGUCAUGCGCCCGCUGCAGCGCAAAUAAUGCAUCAAAAUUAGCCCGUUUGAUGCAUUUCCGUUGCACUUUUCGGGGUGUGUGCAUCCAUCAUACCAUCGGAGGGGAAAAAAGGCCCAAAAAUUGAAUUCGGCUGCGAAAAUGGUAACCGGAUGGGAGUCUGCUUUUUCCUCCCACACUGUGCAUGAGGGGGAGGAAGCCAAUGGUGUACUGGGAAGGGAAAGGAGGAACGUUGGCACAACAAUGCUCUCGUAACCAUAGGACCAAUUAAAUGUUAUUUACGAAGAAACGAGUGAACAAACAAGUGAAGAAAUUGCCCAUAAUUUAAACAUAUACAAAAAGGCACAAUAACCAAAAGCUGCGGGGAGAUACGCAGAGAAAAAAUGAAAGAGACGUUGGUGAAAAUCAACCCGAUAAUAGUGUGAAAUGUGCCGGCUGACGAUGUGCAUUCUGACGUGUGUUCGGUGUUUAAUUAGAGGAACAACUGGCGGCGGCGGCGCGCGAGUCCCGUGUACCGUUUUUACUUGUUCAAUUUGUGGGAGGAAGCGGGAAAAUUAAAGGCAAAAAAUGGCACUGCACUGCAUGAUGGAAGGGUGUAUUGGAAGGUUGAAAAAGAAAGAGUAAAAAACGAGCCGAGAUAGGCAGCACUAUCGCUGUAUAAAUGUAUCGCCCGAGGUGAGAAAAGUAGCAACAAAAAAGGGAAGUGUGCUCAUGAAAAUUAAACAAAAAGUAUAUGCGUAUGCUGCAAAAAUGCAUACAACGAAACCAGAAAGCAUGAAGGCAAAAAAAUGAAGCGAGAAAAGUUUGGCAAAAAUAAUAAUAAUAAUAAUAAUAAGCUUGCAUUUGCGGGAGAAGGGAAGAGAAGGGAAGGCAGUCUGGAACACGUGUACAUUAUAAACAUAUCAGCAACAGUGAACCCACUUGUUAUGGAGCAAAUGAAGCAAAAAUCGGCAACAAAAAAGCGGAGUGUGGUGGAAAAAGCAGCAUUUUUAGCCACCUUAUGUGGGAAAAUGGAAAUGGGGGGAAAACGAGAAAAAGUAAACAGCACAUAACGAGCACAAACAAUUCGAUUCGAUAUCCGGGAACUGGUGUUUGUGUGUGAUUGUGUUUGUAUGUAUGACGAAAAAAAAAUGGAACAAAUGAAUGAAAUUACAGUGGAAAUAUUUUUCACGCGAGUAAGAAAACAUGUGCUAAAAACGAUAGAAAAAGAGAGAGAAAGCGCGAAAAGAACGCAAAGCAAACAAUGCAGUUGACGGACGAAGGCAGCAUCACCAUAGUCGGCUGCAUUUUAGUGGCUACUUUGUGGAAUGAAAAGUACGGGGAAUGCUAUGGCAACAGACAAAAAUGGGAAAAUGCUCCGACGGGUGUGAGGGGGAAAAACAAGCGAGCGCGUUGCAUCGUCCUGUAUGAAUGUAUUUUCAAGAAUUUUGUGUUUGUUCCCAUUUUCCAAUGCAUUAUUUUCAUCCAUUGCAUUCGUACGCUUUAAUGGGGUAAUUUUAGUCUUUUUCUGUCUCUCCUUUAGACGGCAACAUUAACCAGCAUAACGUGUACGCGAUGGCGUCCAUUUGCAUCCGUUUGGGGGCAUUAAUGGAAUCGAAUUAAACACGCAGCGGGUGCACUUUGAAUGCUUCGCCCCGUGUAAAAUGCCACCGCCACCCUCAUUCGGAGGCAGUGUUGUUUGCUGUUGUGUGGUUCGUUCUUUAACGGCUUUUUUUUAAACCUAUUUAUUCACGUGGCUUCCGAUGUGGCCAAAAGGGGAAGUGGGAAGGUGUGAAGAAAGCUCAACCCGCGGAUAACCGGAUUGUGUUCGUGGAUGCUUAUCCAUCCGGAUUAUGCCCACCCCUGGCAUGGCAGGUGUCAGGGCGGGGUGAUAAAUUAUACACCCCACGUGUUUCCUGCGCAUUUCUCUGUUGCGCAUUUUUCGCAUCCCACGCGCAAAACGCAUAAAAUGCAUUUUUGUGGCAAGCUUCCGCCGGUUGUUCAGUGAUAGUGGCCGCUCUUUUUUAUUAUUUUUACCAUUGGACAACGCACAUUUAGUAGCUUAAUCGACCGCGGCAAUGAUGAUAUGCGUGGCGUGCUUGUUCCUAUUGUUGCUAACGCUGCUGAUGCUCUCCCUCGCUUUUAUUAGUUAAACCACCCCCCGGGGCGAGGGACUGGCGAGGAAGGUAGCGGGGAAAAUAAAAAUGUACGAACAAAAGUGUAGCGUAGCGUAGUUAAAUUGAUAGCGAAUAGUCCACAUUUCCUGAAAGCGUAGAUUAAACCUAUAUAGCUUUGGUAGCGGUACAAAAUUACAUAUAAAAAAAAGCGCGCGCUUCCAGGAAGCGAACGAGCUGACUGAGCCAGAGGCAUAACCGCGAACCACGCACAAAACGAAGGGAAAUGUGGAAAAUGUGGGUUCGCAUUUUAUUAAACGAUUCAGGAAAUCUGGAUUGAAGACCACACUUUUUGUACGACUACUACUACUACUACUACUACUACUACUGAUGGCCACUACCCGUACUACAACCACUACUACUCACCCUAUGGAUGUCGAACGCACGGUUUCGAAAAUGGAUUCGAAUGAAGGUGCACACUGCAGAAUUAAACACACACAAAAAAGGAAAAGCCAGUGGCAGAAUGGGAGGAAAAGCCCCAAAGCGUAUAAUCGAUUUAUCAGGGCUUUGGAAAC